AUGACAAAGCGUGCAGUUCUUCGGAGCGCUCGUAGCUGGAGCGUGACAAGGUUUGCCUGCAGCACCAGCCGCGGCCCUGGAACCCUCGUGUGGGCUUUCCGACAAGAAGCUGAAGUUCCAGCACCCGUUUGGGACGACGAGCGUGUGCCUCUGCCCCCUUCCCUAGAGCACCCCAUGCGGGAUGCCACGGACCGCCCGAUGACACCCCUGACUUCGGGCCCUGCGCCUGGACAAGGCGCCUCUUUCACCACAGACCGACGGGCCGUCCUGCCCCGUCCGUCCCCCCGCUCUCGGCCCGGCGGGGCCGAGCUCCCAAAGGCAGCCGGUGCAUUGAAUUUCCAUCCCGAUGCUGCUGAUUCCAUUCCAGGAGAAAGACAACCUACAGAUAUAAACUGGGUAAAUAAAGAUAGGAAAGACUCUAACAGUAAUCAGAAUAGAAGUAAUUUACCAUUUCCUAGUCUGUCUUCUGAAAGAGGUACAGAUUAUGAAAGCUCUUCCGCAAAGCAUCAUGGCUUUUCUAACCCAGAAAGUCAGUAUGGGAAUUCUGAAGACUUCCACCAAUAUUUUGGUACCGGUAAAAGUUUGAAGAAUCGCAACUUGCAAAGCCAGAGAUGGCACAGAUCAAGAAACGAUAGCACAUGUACUAGAAGUAAGAUAAGGCAAAGUACUGUGGAUGCUGCUGCUGGUCCAGGAAUUUCCGAUGCUGCAGUAAUACCUGGGAGAAGAGCACCUCCUAGGGGAUACAAUGACUUUCUCUCCUCAGAGAGUGACAGGGAGGUGCCUAAUGCAGAUAGCAGAGGAGCAAAGCCAAAGAAAACACAUCUGAUGCAUGCAUCUGGAAGGGGUUUCAGGGAGAAGGGAAAGCAAGUACAUGACCGGGAAAAGAGAGUGAGCUCUAAACAGAAAGUAGAGCUGUUUGAAAAUGUUCCAUCUUUGGAUAUGACUCAGUCUGACUCUUCAGAAUCAUCUGUUGGAAAGGCAUUCUGUGACGCACCUGUUGGUAGCGGGGAUGAGCAGAAAGGCUACAAUUAUGUAAACAAAAGAUAUCCCCGGAAGCCUGUGUGGAAUAAACCCCCAGCAGAAAAGGAGUGUCAGAAAAGACAUGAUUCUCACCGUAGUAAAAAUACAAAAGUAGGUAAGAAGUCUUCUCUUGCAUAUACGCCAAAAGAUAAAAAUGAGAGGAAGAAAGAGCUCUCUGUUCACAAAAAUGAUGAGAACUUGACCAAUGAAAUCAGGCAUCAGUUGUCCGAUUCUGUCAGAUGUAAUGGAAGGAAGUUCCUUCUGAAGGGGGAUCAGGCACCUGCACUUCAUUUCAGCUGGACCCAGUACUGGAAAAAGCAAAGUGAUGUACCAAAAAACAAAGAAACUCACACAGGGUCGUUGAUUGAACAGCUGACCACAGAGAAGUAUGAGUGCAUGGUAUGUUGUGAGGUAGUCCGAAUAGCAGCCCCGGUGUGGAGCUGUCAGAAUUGUUACCAUGUAUUCCACCUGAAUUGCAUUAAGAAGUGGGCACGAUCACCAGCUUCACAAGCUGAAGAUGGCAAUAGUGGUUGGAGAUGUCCAGCUUGUCAGAAUGCUUCUACGCAAGUUCCUAAAACUUACACUUGUUUCUGUGGUAAGGUGCACAAUCCUGAAUGGAAUAGAAAUGAAAUCCCACAUAGCUGUGGGGAGCUUUGUGGAAAGAAGAGGCAGUGUUUGGACUGUCCACAUCUUUGUAACAUCCUGUGCCAUCCAGGACCUUGCCCUUCAUGCCCAGCCUUUGUGACAAAAACAUGUGAAUGUGGACAAACAAGUCAUUCAGUUCGCUGUGGCCAAUCAACAAAAAUUCAUUGUUCUAAUGUAUGUGGAAAUACUUUAAACUGUGGUAAGCACAGCUGUACUCAAGUGUGCCAUGCAGGAAAAUGUUCACCUUGCCAAUUAACAGUACAGCAAGUGUGUUACUGUGGAAGCAACUUUAAAGAAGUGUUGUGUGGGACAAAGGAAGAAUUCUCUGAUGGAUUUGGGAAUUUCUCAUGUCAGAAUAUAUGUGGCAAAAAAUUAAAUUGUGGGAGGCACAACUGCACACAAGUAUGCCAUCCUCAGCCUUGCCAGCUCUGUCCACGACUUCCUCAAGUAGUGUAUCGCUGUCCCUGUGGUCAGACUCCUCUCAGCAAGUUACUGGAACUAGGAUGUGUUGAACGUAAAAUAUGCACAGACCCUAUCCCGUCGUGUGGAAAAACAUGUGGCAAACCUCUCUCUUGUGGUAGCUAUGAGUUUGUUCAUACAUGUGAAAGCCUUUGCCAUGAAGGAGAGUGUAAACCAUGUUCUCACACAUCAAAUAUUUAUUGUAGGUGUGGCUUCAAAAAAAAGGAAGUCCCAUGUGCUCUCCUCAGAAAUAAAGCUGCUAUUACAUUCAUGUGUGACAAGCGAUGCAACAAGAAAAGAUCAUGUGGACGACACAAGUGUAAUGAAGUUUGCUGUGUGGACACAGAACAUAAGUGUUCUUUGGUUUGUGGUCGUAAACUCAACUGUGGGCUUCAUAGAUGUGAAGAACCCUGUCAUCGGGGCAGUUGUCAAACGUGCUGGCAAACGAGUUUUGACGAGUUAACUUGUUAUUGUGGUGAAUCCGUGAUUUACCCCCCUGUCCCCUGUGGCACUCAACCACCAGAGUGUAAGAAAACAUGCACCAGGCCACAUGACUGUGAUCAUCCAGUGUACCAUUCAUGUCAUAGUGAGGAGAAAUGUCCACCCUGUACCUAUCUCACUCAGAAAUGGUGUAUGGGCAAGCACGAACUGCGAAGUAAUAUUCCUUGUCAUCUCACUGACAUUUCCUGCGGACUUCGCUGCAAUCAAAUGUUAAAAUGUGGAAUGCACAAAUGUAAAAGAAUCUGUCAUAAAGGAGAAUGUCUUAUAGAUGAAGAGUGUAAACAGCCAUGUACUAUUCCAAGGCUAUAUUGUAAUCAUCCCUGUAUGGCUCCAUGUCAUCCUUCUUCACCCUGCCCAACAACAUCCUGCAGUGCAAAGGUUGAUCUUCAAUGUGAAUGUGGAAGAAGAAAGGAGAGUAUGAUUUGCUCAGAAGCAUCUAAUACAUAUCAGAGAAUAGCUGCUAUAUCUAUAGCCACUAAGUUAACAGAUCUACAGCUUGGGGAUUCAGUGGAAAUCAGUAGGCUUAUUACGAAAAAAGAAAUGAAGCAGGCCAGGUUGCAAUGUGAUGAAGAAUGCUUAGCUCUUCAGAGGAACAGGCGACUUGCUGAGGCUCUUGAAAUAGAUGAUAAUUCGGAUCCUUUUAACAUCCGUUCUUCUGGACCAAAGUACAGUGACCUUUUAAAAGAAGAUGCGAGGAAGGAUUUAAAAUUUGUCAGUGACAUUGAGAAGGAAAUGAGAAUGCUCGUGGAAGCUGUGAAUAAGGGCAAGCAUACAAAGAAGAGCCAUUGUUACCCACCAAUGAACAGAGAUCAUCGCAGAAUCAUCCAUGAAUUAGCUCAGGUUUAUGGCAUUGAAAGUGUGAGCUAUGACAACGAACCAAAGCGUAAUGUUGUUAUCACUGCAGUGAAAGGAAAAUCCAUUUGUCCAAGCAAUACCUUAACUUCUGUGCUAGAUAAGGAAAUGCAGAGCAGGCCUCCACCUCCUAUUCCUCAUUACAAACAAACAGAUAAGAGUAGUGGAAACAGUGGUUUAUCCAAACCAUUAAAAGAAGAGCCAGUAAUUGACUACUUUGAUGUCCAGGACUGAAGUGAUUGAUGUAGAAUUACGAUAUAGAAGCUUAGAGGUGAAGAUACUAAGUUAUUGUGUGAGGCACUUUUUGGGUAUCUGUCAAAUGAUCAGUUGUUCAGCAUAUUCAUGAUUUAAGAUCUAAAGUUAGAUUGAUUAUGAUACUUUAAAAAGUUAUGCAUUUUUACAGUUUAUGUAACUGCAUAAUACCUAACAGUAGUAUAGCUUUUUAAACCUGGGUUUGGUGCAAUUUUUUAUCUAAUGUGCUGUCAGAAUGAUGUAGAUUUUCCACUGAUGCCUUUAAAGUGAGAGAACUGGUAAUCAAAUAUAUUUUUGGGGGUAGUAAGAACAACGAUAAAUCUCAAAGAUUUAUUUUGACAUAUCUCAACUUAAAAUGGACCAGAAAUAAUCUGUGUUAAAAAUGCUGAUGGGAAUAUUUUUAGUGUUUUCAUAUUUUAUUAAUUCACUUUUGUGUUAACAUGGUAAAUUUGGGAGUUUGAGUUACUCUUCUACAUGGAAGGAAAUAACAAAAUUUAGCCUAAGUAUGAAUAUAUACACUAAAUGCCCAUUAAGAGCACAGACUUCCUUUGGUAUCUGAAGAACCAGGAUUUGGGAAAGGUGGGGAAUUAAGACUUAUUUUGCUUUAUCUCAAAUUUGAUGUGUUUACAAAAAAAAAAACAAAAAAAAAACACACACAAAACCCACCCCCCAAAAAACCAACAUAAAAUUAUUAAUACUUUGUUAUUCAAGACCUUGAACAACAUCAGACUUUAUAUAUUAUUUUGGUGUUCUAUUUGGUUUAAUUUGUAUUUAGAUAUGCUAGCUUGAUGGUCUUCUGGGGUUUUUUUUUGCAUGGCUUUAUUGGGGGUUUAUAAUCUUUUCUGUACUGUGCAAGCUUAAGGUGAAUGUGUGAAGUUUGGUUUACGUAUGUUAUGAAUUUGGAACAAUAUUUGUAAAACUUAUAAGACCAUCUGUCUAAACUGUUUGGCAAUGGAAGAUCUCUGUUUUAUGGGAAAUGCCAUAAACAAAAUGGGAUGAUGGCUUAAACAGUGAAAGGCACCAAACUGGUCUCAGAUGGUGAAUUAUUUCCAGAUGAUGAGUUAAGGUAGGUGAGUAGCUCUCUGGGAGGGGAGAUUGUAGGUCUGAUCAGAAGUGGCACGGCUCUGAAUUUGAGUAAUAUUUGUCCACUUGGGGAGAAAGUUUUUUGAAUUAGCUUUAGUAACUCUGACACUGACGCACCAUUUCUUGUUCCUUGUGGCUGGCUACACGUAGCGCUAGAGGUGCAUCCCCUGCACAGCAUCAGAGGCUGCUGCUGAAAGGGGCUGAGCAUAAUGAAGAAAGAGAUCUAGCAGAAGACUUGUCAUCUGUUGUUGAUUUAUUUUUUAGCCAGCUCACUAUGGUGGAGUGUGAGAUUUGUUGCCAAGAAAAUGGAAAGCAGUUAUCCACACUUAGAUUCACUUACAGUUAUCACAUGACCCUGAGCCUUAUCUGUGAAGCAUUCUGUGGCGACGUUUCAUCUUGAACAGCUUGUGAAACCUGAAAGAAUAAGUGGCAAAUUCACAGACCAUGUCUGUCCCCAAAAAUGUUUUGAAAAUUAAAAUGCAUGCUGUU